AUGGACGCUUUGGACCGAGUGAUAAAGCCCAAAACAAAAAGGGCCAAGAGAUUCCUUGAGAAGAGAGAACCCAAACUCACUGAAAAUAUUAAAAAUGCCAUGCUGAUUAAAGGGGGAAAUGCAAAUGCAACAGUGACGCAAGUACUUAAAGAUGUGUAUUCAUUGAAGAAACCAUAUGGCGUUCUAUAUAAAAAGAAAAACAUCACAAGGCCAUUUGAGGAUCAAACAUCACUGGAAUUCUUCUCAAAGAAGUCAGAUUGUUCUUUAUUCAUGUUUGGCUCUCAUAACAAGAAGCGACCAAAUAAUCUAGUAAUAGGCCGUAUGUAUGACUACCAUGUGCUGGAUAUGAUUGAAUUAGGUAUCGAGAAAUUUGUCUCUCUAAAAGAUAUUAAGAAUAGUAAAUGUCCUGAGGGAACAAAACCUAUGUUAAUAUUUGCUGGUGAUGAUUUUGAUCUAACUGAAGAUUAUAGAAGACUAAAAAGUCUUCUUAUUGAUUUCUUCAGAGGUCCCACGGUAUCAAAUAUCCGCCUGGCCGGUUUAGAGUAUGUUCUGCACUUCACGGCACUGAAUGGGAAGAUUCACUUCCGAAGCUAUAAGUAA